AUGAAAGAGUGCAACAAAAAAUUGGUUGCUAUAAAAAUUUGGAAAAGAGGCAUUGAUAGAUGCGAUGAAAGAUUGAGAAGAGAAUUAUACAAAACAAGUGAUAUUACAUUUGAAGAAAAAAGUAAUAAAUCUAUUAAUACUGACGAAAUGGGAAUAUUUAAUGAAUCUGGCAGAUUAGAUAAAGGCUUUCUUUAG